AAAGACCGUAUCAGCUAUAUCAACGGAUCAACAGAUGAUGCAGAUCAAAAACUUACAAAGGAAGAAGAAGUGAUCGCACGGUUUGUUCGUUUCAAUUGCGCAACAAAAACAACGAUUUUCGAAGGGAAUGAAGUUCAUUACUUUAUAGGCAAUAAAGCAAUAGAUUUGCUUGUUGAAUCGAAGAAAUAUGGAAGUGCUGCAAAAAAUCCAAAAUUUGUUAAUCGGGUUUCUGCUGUCACUUUUAUGAAAGUUUUAUUAUCAAAAGGUUUGUUUUUUCGAGCACGGAAGUUGGUAGCGAAAAGGAAAGAGAAUAAAAAAGGUGAUACAAGUAAAUCGCCUAGAAAGCGAACAAAAGAGGAUGCAGAGAAGGAAUCAGAAAGUUCCAAAGAGAAAAAAGAGGACGAAAAAGAUUCGGAUGAAAACGAGGACGAGGAUGAAGACGAGAAAAAAAAGCGUAAAGUGAAGUUGGAGUUGCAUCAAGACCAGCAAUUUAAUGAUUCAAAUGACGUAUAUGUGUGGGUUUUCGAUCCAACUCCUUUUCACAAACAGUUAAUUGGAGCGCUUAUUGUUCUUGGAACCAUCGCUGGUUGCCUUUUUCCAUUGUGGCCAGGAUGGUUAAAGAAGGGAGUUUAUUAUACUUCACUUGGAGGUCUUAUUUGCUUUGGAAUAUUACUUGGCAUCAAAUUGGUCGACCUCUUCGGAACUUUAAAAUUGAUUAAAUACAUAAAAUAUAAAAAUAUAUUAUUUUUUUUCUUGUUAUUGUUAACAUUUUAUAUCUUAUUAUUAUCUUCUCGAACUGUUUUAUUCGUUGUUAUAUGGACUGCAACCAUGGGAAGGCAUAAACUAUGGAUAUUGCCGAAUUUGACGGAAGAUUGUGGCUUUUUCGAAUCGUUUCAGCCUUGGUACACCUAUGAAUAUUGUCCGGAUGGGAUAAAAAAAAGGAAAAAAGGUGAAAAAAAGAAAACAGGUGAGGAACCACAACGUGGUUUUGCAUAUUAUGCAGCAAUGAAUUAUACUUUUUAUUGCAGUGAAUUAUACUUUAUAUUAUCUUUUAAAUUAAAUAUAUAUUAUAGGACGAAAUAA